AUUAUUUUAUCGGCUGCUGCUCAAGAAAAGUACUGAAGAGAGAAAUAUUAUAUCGACGGUAUGUCAGAGGUAUCAGAAGGACCUGCUUGUCGAGGAGUAUUGCUCUUGGAACCAUUCUAUGGUGGCUCUCAUCGCCAGCUCAUUGAUCUCCUACACAAGAGUAUACCAGAAUGCACCCUGUUCACCUUGCCUGCUUCUAAGUGGCAUUGGAGAGCCAGGACUUCCGCCCUCUACUUCUCCUGCCAAAUACCCUAUGAUCACAGCUUCAGUGUUUUGUUUGCUAGCUCUGUCCUGAACCUUGCAGAGCUUGUGGCCCUGAGACCUGAUCUGGCUGGUUUCAGAAAGGUCCUGUACUUCCAUGAGAACCAGCUAGUAUACCCAGUCCAGAAGCAACAGGAGAGGGACUUCCAGUACGGCUAUAACCAAAUCCUAUCAUGCUUAGUUGCCGAUGCUGUUGUGUUCAAUUCGAGUUACAACCAAGAGAGUUUCCUGAAAUCCAUUGAAUCCUUCUUGAAACUCAUGCCAAAUCGACCAAAAAACCUUGCAGAGAGGAUUCGUCCAAAGUGCCAAGUCUUGUACUUUCCCAUUGAUUUCCCUCCCACUCUGCACAAUGCUUCACCUGAACCUGACAGGACUGCUCCCUUAGGGCAAUCCUCUGAGAUGACCCCUAGCCAUAAUGCCCACCAGAGAUAUUCUGCAGGUCACACCCCUGCCCGGAGCACAAAGUCACCAGAUCACUACUGUCAGGGCCACGUCGGCCUGUCAAGCUCAGCAGACAACGCAACUUUUGUAGAAGAUAGGCAUAGCUCGGUUCAGUCAGGACCCAGGAUAAUCUCAGCAGAAAGUAGUCAUAUAGAGGACAGGGAAUUAAAUGAAAGAUUGGUGACUAAAGUAGAAGGGAUUUCACUGAAUGACCAGCAGGACAAUCGUGUUUCAUCUCUACACUCUGUGGAAGUUUCAGAAGGAGGAAGAUCAUCACAGGAUUCAAAGGAAAUGGAACUUGCGUCAAGAGUACACAAAAUGAAUACUGAAGAUCCUGCUAAUUUUGUAGAGGAGGAACAUGGUAAUAAAAGUAUUAUCAGUGAUACAUUACCGCUUUCAAGGACAUUUGUGGAACAAAAUGCCAGUGUUUGUCAAAGGAUAGCAAAAGUAACCCCAAGUUUAGUUAAUCCUCAGGGGGAUGGAGGUAGCUGUUGCCAUGGUAGCACAUGUCACAGACGAGCUGAUGAUUGCGGAGACAAGGAUGGAAAAGACAUUGGAAGCCGUACUAGACCACUGCAUAUUCUUUGGCCCCAUAGAUGGGAGCACGACAAGAAUCCAGAGCAGUUCUUCUCCACCUUGUUUCAGCUGCGUGAUCAAGACUGCAACUUCCGUCUCUCAGUGCUGGGUGAAAACUAUUUGCAAAUCCCAUCUAUCUUUGAAGAAGCAGAGUUUAAACUGAAAGAUCACAUUGUCAACUGGGGCUUUGUACCAAGUAAGGAGCGCUACUACCAGGUACUUUCGGAGGCUGAUGUCGUAGUAUCCACGGCAAAUCAUGAAUUCUUUGGAGUCGCUAUGUUAGAAGCGACUCAUUAUCAGUGCUAUCCUCUCUGCCCGGAACGUCUUGUUUACCCAGAGAUCUUUCCAGCUGAACAUCUGUACAGAACCCCCACUCAGCUCCUUAAAAAACUGAGACGAUUUUGCAGAAACCCACAGCUUAUCAGAUGCUAUGAAUUUCAAGGUGACUUGACAAAGUAUAGCUGGAGGAACUUAGAAGCCAAGUACCUCAAGCUUUUGUUUGGUACCUGACAAACAGGAUGUAAGGAAAGAGUCGCUCUUUUUUUAGCAGCUGAUCUCAAAAUGUAGGACUUUCAGCAAAGUGUACAUUCUUAUAAUGUACCAGUCAUCCCCACUUUGCACCAUAUGCCAGAUGUCUAUGUCUCUAUACUAUUUCAGAAAUAGGACCUUCAAAUAUUACUAUUAUAAAUAGUGAGUUGACAUACGCUCUUGUUAAACAUACUUAUUACAAGAAAAAUCUCAAAAUUACCAUAUUUCAUAUUUCAUGUCUUUCAUCUCAUUGCAUACCUACCUAUCAAUUAACAAUAUAAUUAUGUUAUCCAUAACUCACCAAUAAAAAUGUAAAAUGUAAUUUAUUAAUUUUUGCAACCAGUAUUGUCUGUCGAAAUUGUACUUUUUACCUUAUUAUGUCUGAUAUACACUCUCAUCCUCAGCAUUAUCUUUCUCUAUCUCUCGCUUUGUCUCUCUUUCUCUCCCCCUCUCUCUCUUUCUCUCCCUCUGUCUUUCUCUAUAAAUCUCACACUUUUCCUGGAUCUCCUGUGCUGUCUGCACUAUAUCCCCCUACCUCUCUUCUAUAUUUCCCUCCAGCCCUAUGAUGAUUGUGGAAUGAAAUUAAGCAACUGUUAGCUGCUAAGCGAAUUUUAUGAAUUUUAUUAAUUUGUAUAUAUAUAUAUAUAUAUAUAUGUGUACACUAAUU